CCCGAUCACCAUACAAAGAUGGCACCCUUCGCACCUGAUGCGCCUACUAAGACGCCUUCGCCGCCGACCCUCUACUCCUUUCCCGAUGCCGACGAUCUCUCCAAGAGCCUCGCCGCUUUUGUGAUCAAGGCUCAGAACGAAGCCAUCGAGAGGAGGAACAAGUUCACCUUGGCUACCUCGGGUGGAUCGCUGCCAAAGAUGCUUGCAAAGGACCUCAUCAACCGCACAGACGGCGCCGUUCGAUGGGACAAGUGGGAGAUCUUCUUCGCCGAUGAGCGUCUCGUACCUCUCGAUCACGAGGACUCCAACUACUACCUUUGCGACAAGGAGUUCUUCUCCAAGGUACCGGAGCUCAAGCGCGAGCAGAUUCACACCAUCGACACUUCACUCCUCGACGACCCGGAGGAGCUGUCAGAUGCCUAUGAGAAGGAACUCGUCGGCGCAUUUGCCGGCAAGGAGAGCGUGCGCAACCCGGUCUUUGAUUUGAUCCUGCUCGGCAUGGGCCCCGAUGGCCACUGCUGCAGCCUGUUCCCCUCGCACCCGCUCCUCGAAGAGAAGGACCGCUGGGUCGCUCCGAUUGAGGACUCGCCCAAGCCGCCGUCGAAGCGCAUCACCAUCACGUACCCGGUCCUCAACCAUGCUCACCGCAUCGCCUUUGUUAUGGCGGGAGAGGGCAAGCAGGAGUCGCUGGCGAAAGCGCUCGACCAGCCAGAGCUCAAGCUACCGGCAAGCAGGGUCAAGCCGGCUCCUCCUGGAGACGUCUACUGGUUUGCCGACGAUGCUGCGACGAAGCAGACCAAGUACCCGCGCGCCGAGUUCCCCAAGCUCUAGGCGGGCGGCGGGGCGGGGUACCCUGGCUUGAAAGCGAUGCAACGGGUGGGCGGGCUGGCGAGAUUGAGUGUAUGUGAGGAAGCAGAGCGACCCGUCG